UACCAGUUUGCGACACUCUUCAGGAGACACACACCACUGGAGACGCACAGAAGGUGUGUGCGUGUGUGUGUGUAAGUGGGUACCCAUGCAUGAUUGAGACAAGACAAAAGACUGCGCAGACGAGGAAGCCGAACAGUGUGAGACGGAUUUAAGUCCGGAGAGAACUGAGAGAAAUAUACACAUCUAAACAGCAGGUGACUUUUCACCUCACGCUGAACCUGCAGGAUGUUUAAGAAGACCCCCAAGGACAGCAGCACCCUCAAGGGUUCGUCCAAGAUGACCAAGUCUCAGGUGAAUGACUUGACCUUGCUGAUAGCACGAAUGCAGAAGAAUGCUGACAUAGUGGAAAAAGACGUGCUGAGGGCUGAAGACCUGCUGGUCAUCGAUGCCGAAAAUGACAAGAAGAACAUUCCUUUUAAACACCAGAAAGAGAACUCUGAAUGUUUGUCUGAGGCUGAAGGGCUCCUCAAGGAUCUCUUUCUGGAUUUGGACAAAGCCAAGAAAAUGAAACAUCCUCAGACAGGAGAGAUCGAGAAAGAUGUGAGUCGACUUCAUGAUCGCUGGCUGAAGGACUGCGUGUUUUACCGUGACCUGUACAAGCAGAUAAACGAGAUCGGCAUGCAGCCGCGCAUCAACUGGAUCCAGGUGUUCAACCAGAAACAGAAAGAUGUAAACUCAGAAGCUUAUGGGCCCACCAUGGCUGAGCUGGAGAAACAGAUUGCAGCCCACAAUAUACUGCACAAGGAGAUCGAAGCCUACAGCACUCAGCUCAGCCCAGACAGCACCAGCUCUAAGGAGGAAUAUGCUGACCUCAAGAAGCAAUACGCGAAUCUCUUGGACAACUCAAAAUGGCGCCAUCACUACCUGAACAGCCUGUACGAAUACAUGCAAAGCUGUAACAAAGAGGUAGCGUACCUGUCUGACGAACAGGCCAAGAUCCUCCAACAGGACUGGAGCGACCGCAUGGUGGAUCCUCCGGACGUCCGUCGUCGCUACGAGAACUUUAAAAACAACAGCCUGCUCUCUCAUGAGACCGAGGUGAACAAACUGCAGGAUGAUGGAGAACGUCUGAUUGAGAUGAAACACCCCGCACCAAACACCAUUCAGGGCCACAGAGACACGCUGAGGAACGAGUGGCAGAAAUUUCUGAACUUGUGCAUCUGCCAAGAAACACACCUGGACAAUGUGGAGGAAUACAAAAAGUACCAACUGGAUUCUGAGACCUUGUCCGAAUCGUUAACAGGCCUCAGUUCCACUUUGGACCCCAAAUCUCUGUCAAAAAAGACUAACACAGAGACUCAGCUACAGCUGGAGGCAGAGGAAAGGCCUCUUCAACGCUGUGAGCAACUCUUAGCGGAUCUGAGAAAGCGCAGUACCACCAUCGCUCCCCUAAAACUCCGUCGCACCACCCCGAGCCGACCCACCACCAUCGAGUCUUUGUGUGACUGGAGCACACCCAAGACCUCCAUAUCCAGAGGCGAGAAGUUCACCUUGAAAUCCAACAGCAACUACGCAAACUGGGAGGUGCAUACGAGUAACGGGUCCCUUGAAUCCUACCCUGGAGUGUGCUUCCUGAUUCCUCCACCCGACACUGAGGCCAUUGACAAAGUGGAUCUGCUGGGCAAAGAGCUGGAUGACCUGAAGAAAAGGCGUGCAGCAGUCAGGGCCUCACUGAAGACUCAGGCUCCUGAAGUCACACGAGCAGUGCAAUCAGUUCCUGUUUCGAAAUCUCUGGAGAACCCUAAAGCUACUCAAUAUAGUGAACGUCUGAAUCAGUUGGACAAAGACUUGGCUCUAGCAGAACAGGACAUGCAGAGCCGAAUGAGAGCUCCACUGGACAGCAGCAACCCUGCUGGAGAUCUAGCAAAUCGCCUGAAAGAACAAGAGAAAGCUGCAGCAGCUUUGCGGCAGCUGGCGCAACAAAAGGCAGCAGUACAGAAAGAUCUUGAGCCGCUCCUGUCCCAGGACUUCAAUGGCCCUGUGUCAUCCACUUUGCCUGAAAGAUUGAGCCAGAGCAAAAACAAACAAGACAGCCUGGCUGGCCUUAAUGACCUUUACACCAAGAAAGCCAAUGCAUCCCUUAACUUGGAGAACCAAAUAAGGAAGGUUGAUGGAAUUGUGUCCGGUUUUGAGAAGCAGCUGAGUAAACAUGGUACUCUUGUAGAUUUUCCCGAUGCCCUCCCGAACCGCAUUCACGACCUGCAAAAUAUGAAAAAAGAUGUGGCUGCUGCCCAACCAGAGAUGCAGAAGCUGAACAAGGACCUGGAGGCGACCGGAAAACUGUGCAGUUCCCUCCAGCAAGGAUAUCAGGAGUACUGCCCUGACAUCCGCAGGCAGGAGUCUCAAGUCAAAAGCCUGCAGAACCGCUAUGCUAACCUAAACAACCAGCUAGUCGAUAGGGAGAGUCUUUUACAAGGAGCUAGCACCAAGAAUAAUGACUUUCAGAACUCUGUCCAAUCCCUCAACACAUUCCUGGACAAUUUGCCCAACAACAAGGUCAGGCCUUCAGAUGGUUUAGCCGAAGUCAACGCAAAGCAGAUUUCUCAAGAGAGAGUAGUUGAGGACAUUAAAAGGAAAGGUUACGAAGUAGACAGGAUGGCCGAUCUCUCUCAGGAUCUGCAAGAUAUCCUCAAUGAAUAUGACAUUAACUCGGACAAGUACAGAGCCACUCUGAAAAACCCUGAUGCAGCAGAUUCUAGAAGGGUGUCCACCACUACUCUGACAGAGUCUGUGGCAAAACAGGAAAAAGCUCUAGUGAACCGCUACGCGAACACCGCAGCUGCAAAUGAUCAGCUUCUCAACCAGAUGGACUUAGCCAAGAGCCUUCUUGCACAGAAAGAGGAGAAAGUAGCCAUGGUACAGCAGCAGCAGCAACUGCAACAAAAGAAUAUAGUAGAGAGUGAUGGUCUACAGAGGAAACUUGAAGACGAGAUCAGCAGGCGCAGUCAGGUUGAAACUGAGCUUAGAGUGUUCAAAGACAGGAUGUUGUCGCUCAGGAGCAGAAAAGGUGUUGAACGUGUGGAAGAGAAGGAGAUCCUACAAUACUACCGUGACCCGAAGCUCGAGGCCGAUUUGAUUGACUUUCAGAAAAAAGUUCACGAAGAGGCCAUGCGACGUACUGGAACCCAAAGUGAGAUUGAGGUCCUCACCAGGAAGAUUUCUAACAUAGAAACAGAACUUAAGAGUGCUAAACCAAAACUGGUGACUAGAGAGGUGACCAAUUAUGAGAGGGACCCUCAGUUGGAUGUGGAGGCUAAGAGGAUACGAGAUGAGAUAAGCCAAUUGCUGAAUGAGGUCGAAGUUAUACAUAGUCAAGGAGGUCAACUGAAAACAGAGAUGAUUCUCUUGGAGCAAAAGAGGCCAACUAUCAAAGAAAAGGUGGUACAGAAAGAGGUUGUUCGAGUGGAGAAAAAUCCUGAGAUGCUAAAGGCUGUCAUGUCCUUUAAGAACGAGAUUGAAGAUGAGGGUGAAAGGGCCCGGUCACUAAACAAUCAAAUAGUCCAAACAAAGAGUCAAAUUUCCAAUCUUGAGAGACUCAUACCUACCUUGGAACCCAAGUAUGUGACUAAAGAAGUGAAGACGAUUGAAAAAGACCCUGCACUCAUUAGUGAGUCUAACAGGCUUCGAUCUACUAUAGAUGAAGAGAGACACCAGAACAAACUGCUUCUUAAUGAACUAACUGAUCUCCGUGCACGGUAUGUCCAAGUCGAACAGCUUAAACAAAAAAUAGAUGUCAAGGAGAUUGUGAACGAAAUCUUCAGGAUUUCCCCAGAGACUGAAGCGGAGAUAGUACGACUGAGGAGAGAACUCCAGGAGGCCGCCCGGUAUAGUUCUGAAUAUGAAAGGAAGAUUAAAUUGGUGAUAAUGGAUUUGGAAUCUCUCCGCUCCCAAAAACCAACAAUCGAGUAUAAGGAAGUUGUUCAGGAGGUGGUGAAAGAAGAACGUAGUCCAGAGAAUGUGAGAGAGAUUCAAAAGCUUUCGGACCAAGUCUUUUCCCUGCAAAGAAGCUAUACUUCCUUACAAGACGAGCUGAACCGUCUCAAGAGAGAGCGGGAUGAACUGAGGACAGAGAAGUCGAAGAUAGAAACCAAAGUGGUCACUAAAGAUUUAGUCAAGUAUAUUAAUGAUCCGCUCUUGGAGAAGGAAGCAGAACGUCUAAGGAAGGAGGUACGCGAUGAGGCGCAAACACGCAGAAGCAUCGAGGAGAUGGUCUUCGAUCUUCAGAACAAAUACAUUCAGCUGGAGAGACAAAGACCGGAGGAGAAGGUGGUUGUUAAGGAAGUUUUGAGAUUAGAGAAAGAUCCAAGGCAACUUAUAGAGCUUGAGAGGCUCGGAAGGACUCUGGAUGAGGAAGUAAACAAUCGUAGGAAAGCAGAUCAGGAAGUGCAACGACUAAAAGCUCUAAUAGAGGACAAGGAGAGGACUAUUAGGGAAAGUGAUGAGAGGCAAAAGAAGAUCAUUGUGGAGACUGAGUUGUCCCAAAUUAAGUACCGUAUCAGUGAGCUGGAGAAUGCGCCACCACCAGUUCAGGAGAAUAUUGUUACAGAGAAAGUUAUGAAAGUAGAAAAGGAUCCAAAGCUGGAAAAACUGACCAGUGGCCUGAGGACGGACUUCGACAAGGAGAGCAAUGAAGUGAUGCGGCUGCAGCGAGACAUUAGGAAUUUGAAAAUCCAGAUUGAAAUUCUACAAAAAGAGAAAUCUUUCGAGAGAACAGUCUACAAAGAGGUGGUCAGGGUAGAAAAAGACCCUGCAUUAGAGGCUCAGUUUUCUCGUUUGAGAGAGCAGGUGUUCCAGCAGAGAAAUGCCAGGUUGGAUGUGGAGGAUGAAAUCCGUCGCCUCAAGGAGAAACAGGAGCGACUGGAAAACAGAAGAACGACAACUUCUCAAGAGGAGACUAAUCUUGUAUAUCAAAAGGAUGCCCUUCUCAAAGAAAAACAGGAUCUCCAGCGUCAACUGAAAGCUCUGGAAAACGACCAGAAAGAAAUCAGCAUCUCAUUCCAGCAGCAGUCCAGGCUGAUGAGUGAACGAUCCCAGACGAACAGGCAGAAGAGCAUAAAGAUGGAGUCUGAUGUUCAGCGCUUGGAGAGAGAGAUUCUGGACGAGAAGGAUAGGAUUUACAAGCGAGAAAACGCCAUCACAGAGCUCAGAAACAGCUUGAAAAAAGAGGAAAGUGCUUCAGAAACGCGUACGCAGGAGAAAAACGUCUCCACAAGAAUUAGCAUUCUGGACCCCGAGACUGGUAAAGACAUGUCACCCUAUGAUGCCUACAUUCAAGGGCUAAUCGAUCGCACCCAGUACAUCAAUUUGCAGGAGUUGGAGUGUGACUGGGAGGAGAUCACGACAAUGGGGCGUGAGGGGGAGACGUCUGUGUUGCAAGAUCGCAAGAGCGGGAAGCAGUAUUCCAUCAAAAAUGCUCUGAGAGAUGGUAACCUGACUCAGUAUCAAUUACAGCAAUACAAAGAUGGAAAGAUGCCAAUCUCAGAGUUUGCCCUUCUCGUGGCUGGUGAAAAGAAGAAGUCAUCUCAAAUCAUUUCAGCUACCACCCAAAGAACUUCACAGGCUCCUCCAUCCUAUACCAAAACCACCACCAGUUCACCUGAAGAGCUUCCUAUUUGCGGGGUUUACGACAAAGAUUCCGAUUCAUGCAUUUCUGUGCGCUCAGCAGCGUCUCGACAGAUGAUUGAUCCCACUACAGCCCAAAGGUUGCUGGAGGCUCAAGCAGUCACUGGUGGAAUUGUGGAUAUUAACAGAAAAGAAAGAUUUUCAGUCCAUAAAGCAGCAGAACGAAGCCUAAUUGAAGCCACCCAGCUGCAGCGGCUGCUCAAUGCCCAGAAAGCCUUCACCGGGGUCGAAGAUCCAGUUACUAAAGAACGUCUUUCGAUUGGAGAGGCUGUUCAGAAAGGGUGGCUGCCUAAAGACACAGGCAUGCGUUACAUGGAGGUGCAGUACCUGACAGGUGGCCUCGUCAACCCCAACCAGACAGGCCGAGUAAAGAUCGCAGACGCAGUCAAAAACAAAAUGAUCGACAAUACGAUGAUGAGAGAGCUUCAGGAAGAGUCAAACUAUGUGAAGGACAUAGUGGAUCCGAUUACAAAGCAGAAAAUCAACUACAAGCAAGCAUUGGCACUCUGCAAGAAAGACCCAUACACAGGCCUCCCAAUGCUUCCUGCAACAUCCAGAGAUGCUGCCUACAUCCCAUCAUACAAGAGCCACAUGUCCACCAACUACUCUUAAGACAUGUUUACAGCCAAAAAUGAAGAGCAUAGUCGUUUUUGAAGAUUCCUUCAAAUGAACUGUAAUUUACUCUGUGCAAACCAUUCAUGUUUAUAGUAAUAUUGUUCACAUUACUCUCAGGGAAAACCCUGCCAAAUCAGCCUACAUUUGACAUACAUUAGAAUUAUUGCACACACAACAGUAUCCUAUUGUUAAUCCUAAUUAUCACAGCCAAUAGGGAUUACUCAGCAUUUUACUUAUUCUGCUAUCUGGCAUGCACUGGCUUUUUUUUUACAUUAAUAAUUAUACUAUUUUUAAUCAAAUGCUUUCAUUUAAGGGCUUUUUAUUUUUAAACUGCUGCCGUGGAGAUGUGUUUACUUUUUAUUUUAUAAUGUGGAAAAAAAAACUAUAUAUAUAUAUAUAUAUAUAUAUAUAUAUAUAUAUAUAUAUAUAUAUAUAUAUAUUAUAUAUACACACACAUUAUUUUGUUUGUUCAUUUGAAGAGCUUAAUGGUUAUAAGAAAUACCUUUCAAUGUUUAUUUUACUUGGGAUGUUGGGCUAGGAAUUUUUUUUCCCUAUUUGCUUAAAACUAUUAAGAAUUAUUUAAAUCUUGUUUUGAUGAUAUUCACCCAUCAUGGCGAUGUUGAAAAAAAAUUGUUCAUUUAAAUGGUAAAUAAAAAAAAAUUAAAAAGUAAAA